CUUGUGUCCACUUGCGUUCACUACACCCUCGAACGCGCAUACAUAGUCCAAAGUAUAGCUGCUCGCAAUCCACGUCAGAUCAAGCAUGUCUGAUAAUUUGCUUUCGCUAGCUGGUUGGUAUCUCUUGCCACAAGUAAGUUUCAUCACUCCAAUAUUCUUCCCGCUCGAUGUUUCUAUCCACGAAAGAACAACAUGGAUCAAUAUCCCCUUGCUGCAAUCGAGUCAAUCAAUUAUACGAUAGUAUAUUCACUUUGCUCGACAUUUGGUUUCGAUCUCUUCAAUAUUCUUGUGACAGGAUGGGCUCAAUCCGCCUUCUAUGCCAUCUGGAUACGCGCAGGUGACCCGAAACCUCAGCCGGGCACGAGACAAUUCGUCCAGCAUCGCAGAAGGAUCAACAUCAUAGUCAUUGUAGCCUACCUUCUCUACACAAUCUAUGAAGCCGACUUCCAACUUCGCAUGGCUGGGAACUUCUACCAAGACCUCGGUGUCAACCUCGGAGUCGAGGAGAGAGGCAUAAAUAGUCGUUUCAGGAGACUAACACUUCUCCACCACCCCGACAAAGUUUCCAAUGAUUCCAACCGUAGCAUAGCAGAAGCCUACUACGUGCACCUAAAACUUUGCCGUGACGUUCUGAUGGACCCAACAAAACGCUUCGCCUACGACCGUCUAGGCCCAGAAAUCCUCUCCUGGCAACGCAGCACCACGAUCCCUGAUUACAUCUCCACUGGCAUUCGCAACUUGUUCGUCUACUACGCAGGAACAGCCGGUGUGCUUACUCUUCUCGGCUUUUUGGGUUACAUCAAGCAAGCCGCUUUCUGGAGGUUUUUUGCUUUGGCCACGCUAGGAAUAUUUGAAUUGCAUGCUUUGACAUCGCCCACUUUCCCGGGUAUAUUGACCAAAGUGGUCAACCCCGUUCUGGCAUUCAUACCCCUACAUCCACAAUUCUUACCUUUCCAACUUCUUUCCCUGCUCAGGAAACUGAUCUUGACACUCUUCAUCGCAUUCUCGCAGAUCGGCCCUUUGCUAGGACCUCUGGAAGCUGCACCUCCCACAGACGAUCAAGUGUCUCAACAGCAAUUGCAGAGGUUAGGUGCGCUGGCAGGGGCUUUGGAGGGUGAAUCCAACAUGUUGAUGGCUUUGGAAAUGACGCCCUUUGCGAAUGACGAGAGCGCCAUGAGAGAGAUGAGGAGUAGGAUGAAGAAAUUCUUGGUCGAUAAUACAAUCAGGAGUAAAGUGGAAGUUAGAAAUGCCAUGGGAGAGGCUAUUGCGAGGAGGAGACAGGGUGUACCACAUGGUGCUGUGGGUGCGAGAUAAGAGAUGUCAACAAGAUCCAAUCGCAAGUUUGGCGAUUUGACACUUUGGGUGGCGUUACAGCUGCUUAGAUCUCAAAGAACGCUUGCAUACCACUACAUUUGUCUAUUGACAAGCAAUCACAACAUCUGUUCGCAAUCUUGUUCGUCG